GUUGAAACUAAAAGUGGAAAAUACAAUAAGGUGGAAGGAAGUCCUGGAUGAUGAAGGAAAAAUAAAGAAAGAAUCAAAUGCUAGAAUAGUCAGAUGGUCUGAUGGUUCUUACAGUUUACACUUGGGGGCUGAAAUAUUUGACGUUUACAAACAACCCUUGCAGGGUGACCACAACCACUUGUUCAUCAGGCAAGGUACUGGUCUGCAAGGUCAGGCUGUGUUCCGCACCAAACUGAGCUUCAGGCCCCACUCGACGGAGAGUUUCACUCACAGGAAGAUGACUCUGUCUCUGGCAGAUCGCUCUACGAAAACCACUGGUAUCAAGAUCAUGUCUCAAGUGGGUGUCGAUCCAGAUUUAGACAAGGCAACGCGGCUCAAGAAAGAAGAAGAAAAGUUGAGGCAGACGCCUAUUAAACAAAAACCGACAAGAAAGAAGGCCGAUGGUGGUGCAAGAUCUCAUGCGGCAAGUUUCUCCAGGGAAGAAGAAGGCAGUGAAGAUGAGGGGGCUAUUUCCUUGAAUGCCAUCAAGAACAAGUACAAACCAGGAGGUCCUUCGAACACUCCACAAAAGGGUAUGUUUAUUGAAAAAAAUUACAGUAAUGUAACAAGUACUUUUCAAGAAGCAGAACCUUCAAAGCUUCUGCUAGUAUCUAGAAAAGAGCCUUCUUUUGGAUAUCUAACUCACCACGAGCUUAGUUCAGGGACUGAAUUGAAUUUGGUCAAGGAAGUAAUUGAUUUAUUUCUGCUAGGAAAACUGUUGUAACUGUUUUCUUCUGAA